AUGAUCGGCGACCGCGCGCAGGGCAUUGGCAUGGACGACGACGGGGACUUCGUCGACGGCGUUGUCGAGUCCGCCAUGCGCAGUCUUUUCCCCCGGCUGCAGGCCGAUUAUCAGAGGGAGCUCCGCAGCGCUCUCCACAUGGCGAUCCGCCAGUCGCGAGGCCAGCCACUGGCGACCCCCAGUCCUGAGCGCAGGCCCACGGCGCCCUCGCAGCCCAAUCCCGUGGCACCGCCGGCUCCGACGGUGGCGAGAGCCCUGGGGCAGAAGGCACAGGCCUUGAGGAAGGUGGGGGCCGUCCAGGAAGCGGCAGCCACGCCUGGAAGUGUGACGGCUCCACCUGGCAGUGCCCCGCGGCUCUUUCCGAUUGUGGAAGGCGGCCCGCCCCAGGACGACCUCGACCAACAUUUGCCAGGGAGGGUCACCCUCGAGCAGCACUCGCAGCGGACCACUGACUGGCAAGCUUCCGACGGCAACCCUGCAGACGAGUUCGAGUAUUACCUUCCCGGCGAGACCGUGACGGACGUUAGCGACGCGGGCGUUGGGUUUGCAUUGCCCACCACCGCAGUUUCACUCCCCUCUGGCUCCAGGGCUGCGACAGUCACCUCGCGCUCAUUCUCACCCAAAUCAAGCACCUCACCCAGGAAGCACAGGAGGACAUCGUUCAGUCUGUUGGCAGACGAAGAUGUCGAGAUCAUUAAGCGCAUCAACAAAUCCGAAAAGGAGAAACUCAUAAGUCCCGAGGCGAAAUGUAAUCCAGACUGGGUUUUCCAUCAGAAGAAAAGCAACGCAACGACGGCAUCAAAGAAGCGAGCAUUUGACAUCGUUACUUCUCGUAGUUUCGACUACUUCAUGGGUCUUGAAUUCCCUCUCCAUCGGUGUGGAGACAUCGCAAACAGUCCAUGGCGAUGA